AUGCUUCUAGUUCCACAAAUGAUGAGACAACUACAAUUAAUAAUCCAGAUAAAAAUUUUACUCUCGUUACAAAAGCUAAAAGAAUUCACUCUUCAUCAUCUCAAACCUCAUUGUUAAGCAAUCGGGUCAACAAAAAGUCGCAAAAUAUUAUAAAAAAAAAACCAAACUAUUUAAAUCAUCAAAUCGAUUUGAAAUCCUAAAUCAAGAUGCUGAGCCUGACUUAAACUCAUCAUCGCACCAGCCUAUGGAACAAAAUAAUGAUAACUCAGACGAAGUUUUUAAACCUCCCCCCCUUCCUAUUUUCGUGAGGGGCGUGGAAAACUACUUAGACCUAUGUACAGCUUUAAUUGAACUAAUUGACGUAGAUAAUUUCUUCUGUAAAGCGUUUGCUAACUGUUUAAAGAUUCAAACAUCGAAUCUUGAAUCUUACAGAGCACUUAUUCAUUUUUUAAAAGAUCAAGAAGCUGAAUUUAACACAUAUCGGCUUAAACAAGGCAAACCACUCCGUAUUGUUAUACGGAAUCUUCAUCCAACCACUAAGGUAGACACUAUUAAAGAAGAACUUGAAGUUCGUCUGUUUGAAAUAAGACGUGUUACAAAUGUUCUCCAUAAAGUAACUAAAAUUCCACUUCCGCUCUUCUUUGUAGACUUAGAGCCAACAAUCAGGUCAACUGAAAUAUUUAAUCUGUCCUCACUGCUACAUACGAAAAUCAAAGUUGAAGAGCCCUACAAAUCUAAAACAAUCAGCCAAUGCAAUAACUGCCAGGAAUACGGUCACACUAAAACCUACUGUGGAUACCCCACACGCUGUGUCCAUUAUGGCUCAAAUCACAAAUCCUCGGACUGUCCAAAUCAACGCUCGGUUCCACCAAAGUGUGCACUUUGUGCAGGCGAUCAUCCUGCAAGUUACAAAGGUUGUUCCAUUUACAAGGAUCUCCAGCGUGCUAAAAAACCAUUUAUCAAAAGUAACUUUGUACCAACUAACAAUAGAGUAAAUACCAUAACUGUUAGUGAUAAUCAUCCAGUAAAUGACACCCACCCAAUUCAGCCCGAUCCUCGUUCCUAUGUCCAAGUCAUUUCUGGUAGAACAGCUAAUGACUUGACUCCUCCAAUUACUCCUGAUUUAAAUACUACCAUCACAAAUUUCCUUGAGGAUUUCAAAUCGUUAAUAAAUCCUCUAAUGUCACUACUUACCAAAGUAAUUGAAAAACUUCUUGCUAAAUAA